AUUCUAUUUAAUGGAUAGCUGUCUCUUACACUGGGAAUGGGAAAGAUUCUCUAUCUCUCAUUCUGCCCUCUUGCUGAUGUCACUUUCAUACGUCUUUUGUCUGUGAUCUCCUUUGUGCUUUGUUAUUCUACCACAGUGCUGACUAUCCAUGUUCUUUGCAUCAUUUAUCCCAAGUAAUACCUGAAAUGGGAUUGAAGGGGAAGAAUCAUCUGUGCAUCACAGAAGAAACACGACUUUAUGAAUGACACAGUAGGCCCCCAGGCGGUCUUGCCUUGGAGAAGGAUCAUUGGGGAGGAAUUCUCUGCUGACCUUUGUUACAUUCAUAGGUACAACCCCAGUGUUUUGUUACAGUUGCCCAUUCCUCAUCGAAUUAUGCUUGUUUGUGCUUAUUGUUGAUACCUUGCCAACUACUCAGUUCUAAUUGUGAUAAUUGCUACUUAGAUUCCCAGCUUACGGAUAACCUUAACCAUUCUGGACUUUGCACCUCUGCCUCAUUCACAGGUCUCUCUCUACUACAAGCCAAUGUUGGUCCAUGCCUAAAGCCCCUUGGAGAGCACACAUGUUACUUUAUUGAAGUUGAAUAUCCUGUGAUCCAACACAAUUAAUUUUUAUGUCUUUGAGCAGCUUGAAAUUAUUCCACACAGACUCACGUAGUCAGAAUGUAAGGUCCUAAAGGAAGCCGUUUGUGUAAGAACAAGGAGUAGACCAAUCGUCUCUUCUUUGUAUCUUAUGCUGUGCUUCUGUCCCUCUUGGUGAGAUUUCCAUCAUCGACUGACUUUUGGGGUCAGGUUUUUUGUAAUAGCAAUUUCCUCACUGUCUAACUCACUCAUUUUGAAAAUCUUUCUGUGGAAUCACGCGUAGUAAUGACAGUUAAUCAUUGGUGGUGAAGAUAUUCUGUUUUCAUAAGGUCAACAUGUACCUCACCAGUAUUUACUUUUAUACAGGUUGCUGCUGUGGAGCAGAGAAUGUGGAGGCAGCAACUGAGCAGAACGUUUCUGUUAGAGUGUCACAGGCAAGGAUUCCCAAAAAAUCUUUGUCUUCCCAGAAGAGCCACCCCUGUGAGAGUUGUGGGAUAGUCUUGGGAAACAUUUUCCACAUAAUGGACCUGCAGCGAACACUACAUGGACAGAUACUGUUGAGGUGUGGGGCGUGUGCAAAACGGUUUUACUUCAGUGUAAAAUUUCACGAGCAGUAUGUGAGAGAGAUUUUCAUUAGAGGAGUGGAUCGGAUCUUACUUGAAAACAGCUGCGAUUUCAGUGUGUCCCAGAAUCGUUUCACCUGCAGGGAAGUUGGGCAGGGUGUCCUUACCGAACCAGAACAUCUCCACGUAAAGGCUACUCAGACCAGGGACAGUCCAAAUGCUAUUUCGACACGUGGGAUGACGUUUCAAAGGAGGAAAAAUGGUUACGCCAGAAAAGAAUGCAAGAAAGACAUUAGUUGCACCCACAUGUUUAUUCAGGAAAAGAGUGUCCAUGUUGGAAGUCGAUGUUUUGUGUACUCUGAAUCUGGAAAAUCUUUUACAACUAACUCUCAUCUUCAUUAUCAUCAGAGAGUUCACACAGGAGGAAAUCCUUAUCAAUGCAAUGAAUGUGGGAAAACUUUUACCACUAACAGCAGCCUUGGUUGUCAUCAGAGACUUCACACAGGAGAAAAGCCUUAUCAAUGCAGUGAAUGUGGGAAAACUUUUACCACUAAAAGCAACCUUCAUAUUCAUCAGAGACUUCACACAGGAGAAAAGCCUUAUCAAUGCAGUGAAUGUGGGAAAACUUUUACCACUAAAAGCAACCUUCAUAUUCAUCAGAGAGUUCACACUGGAGAAAAGCCUUUUAGAUGCAGUGAAUGUGGGAAAACUUUUACACAAGCCAGUGGUCUCCUGUAUCAUCAUAAAGUUCACAUAGGAGAAAAGCCUUAUCAAUGCAGUGAAUGUGGGAAAACUUUUACCACUAAAAGCACCCUUCGUAUUCAUCAGAGAGUUCACAAUGGAGAAAAGCCUUAUAAAUGUAGUGAAUGUGGAAAGAUUUUUACCCAGAACAGUGGUCUUCGUUGUCAUCAGAGAAUUCAUACAGGAGAAAAACCUUAUAAAUGCAGUGAAUGUGGGAAGACUUUUACCACUAACAGCCACCUUCGUAGUCAUCAGAGUGUUCACAUAGGAGAAAAGCUUCAUCAAUGUAGUGAAUGUGGGAAAAUGUUUACCAGUAAAACCAGGCUUCGUAGUCAUCAGAAAGUUCACACAGGAGAAAAGCCUCAUCAAUGCAGUGAAUGUGGGAAAACUGUUACCACUAAAAGGAGCCUUCGUAAUCAUCAGAGAGUUCACAGCGGAGAAAAGCCUUAUAAAUGCAGUGAAUGUGGAAAGUUUUUUACCCAGAACAGUGGUCUUCGUUGUCAUCAGAGAAUUCAUACAGGAGAAAAGCCUUAUAAAUGCAGUGAAUGUGGGAAGACUUUUACCACUAACAGCCACCUUCGUAGUCAUCAGAGUGUUCACAUAGGAGAAAAGCCUCAUCAAUGUAGUGAAUGUGGGAAAAUGUUUACCAGUAAAACCAGCCUUCGUAGUCAUCAGAGAGUUCACACUGGAGAAAAGCCUUUUAAAUGCAGUGAAUGUGGAAAGUCUUUUACUCAGAGCAGUAACCUUCGUUGUCAUCAGAGAAUUCAUGCAGGAGAAAAGCCUUAUAAAUGCAGUGAAUGUGGGAAAUGUUUUACCCAGAGAAGUACCCUUUGUAGUCAUCAGAGAGUUCACACUGGAGAAAGGCCUUAUGAGUGCAAUUAAUGUGAGGUAUCUUUCAGCCAAAUUUCUAAAUUUGCUCCCUGCCUAAGAGUACAAAUGUGAGAAAUUUCUUAGAUGUGUAGGAAAUGUAGUUUCUUAGGAUUUAAAAAUACUAUAAGAAAAUUUGUGAAUCCUCAUUUUUCUGAAUUGUAUCUCAUAUAUUUAAUCACCUACAUUAUGUAAAGUUCCCAUAAGUGUUUUUGCUGUUGUGUUUGUGUUUUUAUGUUGGAGCACUAUGUAAUUAUGUGGCACGUUCUAAUAUACAGAGAUGUCCUGCCAGAUCUGUGUCACUGCAUAUUUCUGUUGCUGAAGGUAUUUCACCUGAACCACCGAUAAGGUCCCUACCUUUGGAAUCCAUCACCCUGCACCUGUGCCCAGCAAAGGGAACUCUGUUGUCUAAUUUGUUGAAGAAAAUUAGUUUUGAGCCCUUAGUUCUAUCUUGUUUCCCUGUCAUAGGACACAUAGGACUCAUACUGUUCGCCCUAGUAAACAUAAUGUUGCAAAGGGCCUGCCAUUUUCAGUGACACACUUUCCCUAUAUGCUAAUAAUGAGCUUAUUGCCUGCCUAAGUCAUCAAUGGAAGAUCUUCCAGUCUGCUGUCUCUGGUUUGUAAACUAAUGAAGACUUUUUCCUAAGACUUUUUAAAAUCUGGGUUCUAUUUACUCUAUAGGUUAGUUUAUAAAGAGAUCUGGGCAUUCCAAGCAUGAUGAGGUGAGAAACUUGUAUAGGGUCUGAAACAUUUUUCUCUUUGGGGAACAGUAUGGUGCAGAAAUUAGCUCAGCCGUUUUUGGCAAAUUUACACUGAUGCCCAUAAUUGCCCAGGAAACACUGUGGACACUCUACUUGUCAUGUGAAGCUGGAUGCUUUGAGAUAUAGAGAUCACUCCAAAGAGGGGGUAGCUGUGACAACCUCAAGUAUGUCUGGGAGAAUGAAUUUUUCUUCUUGUUUGCAAGUGAUGCCAGUACUUGUGAAGUAAAUAUCUUACCCAGGUCUUGCUGAGGGCCAUGUGCCCUAAUGCCUACAAUAUCAUGGGUGAUGGUCAGUGGUUUGAAGACAAUGGCAUUCAGGGGAAACCCUUUCCUACAGAAACGCUGACCUAAUUGUUGUUGGACGAGACUGCACCCCUUUAGAUGGAAUGGUCCUCAUCUAACUGUGCAUCCAGGAAUUAUUUUGAGGAAAAGACUAUAAGAGCUGUUUGUACACAGAUCUGAGGGACUCCAGGGAUGUUUAACUUCUGUGGAGCAGUCAUUGUCAUUGAGUAUAAUCAAGAUGUUUUCUGGCUCCUAUUGUUUCUCAAAAGUUCCCAUCAGAGCCAUUGUGCUGGCAUCAAAAGAAAGAUGGAGAAAUUAAAAAUUGAAAAAAAAUUAAACAAAAAUAGAGUACAAAAAAAAAGAAAGAAAGGUGGAGACAAAGGCUGUCUUUAGUUCAGGAAUGUGGCUUUUGUGGGUUUGGGUGAAAGUUCUUCAUUGUUACAUUUUCUGUCACUGAGAUGAGACUCUCACCCAGAGGGCAUAAUACGGGUAUUGAAUAUAGAGUUGCCAAACCUGUUCUUCCAGAAUACAAUUGAACCAUUUUUAACAGCUAUAAUGAGUAAAUUACAAGUGUUAAGUAUAGUUUCAUAUAUCUUGACAUGUGCAUGAAACUGAAACUGAAACUGACCAUAUCUGUCUCUGCGUAAUUGCUUCAUGACUUCUUUUAAUCUGUCCCUGUUCUUCACAGCUUUCCUCGUUUCCCUGGACUUACAUUCCAUUUUCAUAGAGAACUUUAUUUUUCUAAGUAUUUUUCCAUUUUAGUUUAUGUUUCAUAAAUACUUGGAGAUUUCUUAAAGUUACACUAGUAACUCAUCUUUUUUUCUGAUAUUCUUUUUUUUUUAAUAUAUUUUAAUGAUUUUUUACAGAGAGGAAGGGAGAGAGAUAGAGAGUCAGAAACAUCGAUGAGAGAGAAACAUCGACCAGCCGCCUCCUGCACAUCCCCAACCGGGGAUGUGCCCACAACCCAGGUACAUGCCCUUGACCAGACUCAAACCUGGGACCCUUCAGUCCGCAGGCCGACGCUCUAUCCACUGAGCCAAACCGGUUUCGGCUCUGAUAUUCUUAUCACUGAUAUAUCACCAUCAGUUUGUCCAAUUUAGUAAGUAUUUGGUUAUUUCUAAAAAAGCUGGUACACACAUUUCUAUAUAAUUCCUUGUAUGUAUAUAAGUGUUAUUUACCUUUGUCAAAAUUUCAGUGCAUAGUCUGUCGUUUUUGAGUAGAUGAAUGUUUAAAUUUACUGACAUUAGCAAAUUGUGAUCUAAAUGGAAUAUACCACCGAGGCCGGUGUGGGUCAGUACUUGUCCAUCAUGUUGUGCAGCACAGAGUUGUAGAUUUGAUUACCGGUUGGGAUAUGUGCCAAGUUGUGGGCUAGAUCCACAGAAGUGGGUGUGCAGGAGGUCACUGGCCAAUAUGGCACUCUUCCAUCAAUGUUUCUUUCUCUGCCUUCUCU